AUGUUGAGCAUCACUUUAUGGUGCCUAGCUGAGAGCCAGGAACGUGACGCUUGCACUUACGGACUCAUCAUUAUUAACUUCCGAUUGCACUGGGUAGGACAAAAGUUCUAUGCUGAUUCACAUACCUCAUUAUACGAAGUUGAAGGAAGGAGGAAGACUCUGGCGAUCUCUAAUACCUACAUGCACCGCCUGGUCGCCCUCGCCCGUAGCUACGCCACAGCUAGCACGCGCUCUUCAAGACUUCCUCCAUCCAAGCCGCCCCUAUCCCUCGAUCACUUCCUCCUACGCCAGCGUGUCAUAUCCCUCUAUCGUACGAUUGUCCGUGGAUGCUAUAAGAUCCCGCCUCCAACGAGGGAAGAGAUGAAAAAAUACGCGAGAGAAGAGUUUGAGCAGCAUAAAGCCGUGGACGACUUGAGGAAGAUACGGUAUUUGCUUAGUACUGGGAAGACGGAGUUUGAGCGAUUGGGAAAGCAAGUCAGCAAUAUGGGCUGA